UUUAUUUUCAUUUAAAUGUUUUUAUUAAACUCCUUAUCAACACCAUUUACAGCUGAGACGGGGAAAGGGAAAGGGAAAGAGCCAGCAGCGACGGGAUUCUCGAUGAUCUUUGCGAGACAGUUGCUGUGUCAGAAGCCCAUAAGCGCAAAGUCAGGGGUUCGUAAUGUUCUUGCUUCUUCUGAGACAGUUGAUGCGAUGGUAUUUGCAACCGUACUGCCCAAACCCUAUGCCUCAUUUUCAACAAUCGAAUUUGGGAAAGCUAGGUACCCAUUUCUUAGCCCUGCAAAACAGAUGAUUUUGACAUUGAAAUGCAAAAGGGUGUUUGGCACAACAGCACUGUAUGGUAAUGGAAUCAGCAGAAACAUUGCCUGCGGGGUACAAGUCAGCAGUACAGCCUGGGAUAUGGGUUGUACAACCUUGAUCAUGUUGGGAGCUUAUGGUUUAGUCUCUGGUUUUGAUGUUCUUACUAAGUCUAAUAUAUUGGACCAGAAGCUAAGCCGGAAAUUGGUGCACAUUUCAUCUGGACUACUGUUCAUGCUGGCUUGGCCUCUUUUCAGCUCUUCGGCAGAUGCUCGUUAUAUUGCUGCUAUUGUUCCUUUCGCAAAUUGUGCUAGACUUCUGAUUUACGGACUCUCAUAUGCUACCAAUGAAGGGUUAGUGAAGGCUGUUAGUCGAGAAGGCAAACCUGAGGAACUAUUAAGAGGGCCUAUGUAUUAUGUCCUGGUCUUAAUUUUCUGCACUACUGUGUUUUGGCGGGAGUCACCUAUAGGAGUGGUUGCUUUGGCAAUGAUGUGCGGAGGGGAUGGUAUAGCUGAUAUCAUGGGAAGAAGGUUUGGAGGUUUUAAGCUUCCUUAUAAUCGUGAAAAGAGCUGGGCUGGAACUAUAUCUAUGCUUGUGUUUGGCUUCCUCACUUCCCUUGGGGUUCUAAGCUACUUUUCUGCAUUUGAAUUCAUUCAUCUGAACUGGGAGACCAUAGUUCAAUAUGUUGCAGUGAUAUCAGUGGCAGCAACAAUUGUUGAAUCUCUGCCUGUAACACAGUUUUUGGACGACAAUAUCUCAGUUCCUUUAACAUGUGUAAUCGUGGGGCUUUGGCUGUUUAAAAUUUAGUGCUUAUUUCAAGCUGAUUUAAAGAGCUUAUGUUGUAAACAAGAUUUAGUUUUGAAUUUAUAUAAGGGAAUCAUUUACCUGCAAAAAGGGUUAAUUUAUUUCGAAGUGAAA